AAAAAGCCGGCGGGUUGCCUGCUUGAGAUUCGUACCAACAAACUGCUCGGCUUCCGAGACAAGGAGAGAGAGAGAAAGAGAGAGAGAACGAGCCCUCCUUCCCUCCCGAGGCGCUUUCCCAGCAGAGGCAGAGCCCACCCCGUCGGGACAGAAGCGGUCUUCGCCGGCCAGCGACCUUUACGGGACUCCCGCUCUCCCCACCUGGACGAAGGAGGCCCCUUUCCCUCAGAGCCCAGAAGCCAAGCUCGGCUCCGCGAAGCUUUUGCCGCCCCUCUUCUUGCUCUCCAAAGCGCAAAGCCCGAGGAUGAUGGUCAAGAUGGGACCCAAGAGCAGCUUGGUUUUGGCCCUCCUGGUCGCCCUGCUUAGCCGGGAGGCGAGCAGUCAAGACUGCAGCGGGCAGUGCCAGUGCGGAUCGGCGCCUCCCGAGUGCCCGCCCGGGGUCAGCCUGGUGCAAGACGGCUGCGGGUGCUGCCGGGUGUGCGCCAAACAGCUGGGCGAGCUGUGCACCGAACGGGACCCCUGCGAUCCUCACAAGGGACUCUUCUGUGAUUUCGGAUCUCCGGCCAACCGCAAGAUCGGAGUGUGCACCGCAAAGGACGGUGCCCCGUGUGUCUUUGGAGGCAUGGUGUACAGGAGUGGAGAGUACUUCCAGAGCAGCUGCAAAUACCACUGCACGUGCCUGGACGGAGCGGUAGGCUGUGUGCCCCUCUGCAACAUGGAUGUGCGCCUGCCCAGCCCUGACUGCCCUUACCCACGAAGAGUUAAACUCCCAGGAAAAUGCUGCGAGGAAUGGGUGUGCGAUGAGCCCAAGGACAAAGAACAGACUGCCGUUGGACCUGCUCUUGCUGCUUACAGAUUGGAAGAUACUUAUGGACCUGAUCCAUCGAUGAUGAGGGCUAACUGCUUGGUCCAGACCACUGAGUGGAGUGCCUGCUCAAAGACUUGUGGAAUGGGCAUCUCCACCAGAGUCACCAAUGACAACGCCCACUGCAGACUGGAGAAGCAAAGCAGACUUUGCAUGGUGAGACCUUGUGAAGCUGACCUGGAAGAAAGCAUCAAGAAAGGCAAAAAAUGCAUCCGUACUCCCAAGAUCUCCAAGCCUAUCAAAUUCGAGCUGUCCGGCUGCACUAGUGUGAAGACCUACCGUGCCAAGUUCUGCGGCGUCUGCACUGAUGGGCGCUGCUGCACCCCCCACAGAACAGCCACCCUCCCUGUGGAGUUCAAGUGUCCUGACGGAGAGGUCAUGAAGAAGAGGAUGAUGUUUAUCAAGACCUGUGCGUGCCACUACAACUGCCCUGGAGACAAUGAUAUCUUUGAGUCGGUGUACUCCAGGAAGAUGUACGGCGACAUGGCAUAAAAAACCCAAAAAAGACUUUAAAACUUGACCAGCAACUUGAACUGAUAAAUGCAUCUCAUUUUGUAAAACAUGAUUCAAUAGCACAAGGUAUUUAAAUGUCUGAUGAGAGAGAGAGAGAUUGAGAGAGAGAGAGAACAAAAACUGUUCCAUAUGACAAAAUUAUCUCUAGUGACCCCAAACAUUGGUUUGAAAGAAAGAAAAAAAUAGUAAUAAAACAGACAGUGAGGAACAACCCCCUAGGUUGGGCCUCAGAAUAGAGUAUGGGGGUGCUUUAUAUAUAGGGAAUACUUAAGAGGGCACAUGCACUCUUGACAAAGAUUUUCACAGUGUGGUAGCGUGUGUCCACCUACUAGUGCAAUCAAAAAAAGAGAAACCCUUAGCAAGUUGACUGUCAUUGUUUUUUGUGACAAUGAUUGCUGGACAGGAAUUUUUGCCCAGCAAAGGUGCUAAGGAAAUGAGCUUGGUAGAAUGACGACCAUUUUGCUUUCAAGUUCUGAUUCAGCUGGUGUGUUUGAAAAGAAUCGGAAUUAGACUGGACAGCUUGUGGCACCAAAUUUCCCUGUCAUGAGCUACAUUUUUUUAAUUACUAUUGUAAUAUUACAAUAUUGUAAAUAUUGUAUGUGUAUGUGUGUGUAUAUAUAUAUUGUACAGCUAUCUAAGUUAAUUUAAAGUUUUGUUGCCUUUUUGUUAAUGCUUUGAUACAUCAGUGUUAGCCUCUUCUCUUUUUUAACAAAAAAAAUCAAGGUUUGUCUGAUCCAAUGCAUUCAUUCAACACAUAAAAUAGAUUCCGUAAUGGCAGUUCUGCUCAAUUAGUAGAGGGAAUGGUAAAUUUGAUUGAUGCUUUGCUGAAGAAAAUGUACCAAUAUCCUUUCAAAGCAUUUCAUCAAACUAAGGACAAGAAGAGGGGAAAAAACAUGGAUUUCUCUGACUUAAUGAAUAUGGUGUAUUCAUUAAGUAAAAUAAAUGGCUUGUUGAUAGCUGAUCCAUUCUUCCACCUGGGAACCGUUUGUUACCUGUUGAGAAGUGUGACCAAAAGUUACAUGUUUGCACCUUUCUAGUUGAAAAAUAAAGUAUUUUAUUUUUUAUAUAAA